UCCGGCGGGCGGCAGCCGUGCGGGUCUGUGCGGAGCGACCGUCCCGAUGGCAGCGCUGAAGUACGCGGGGCUGGAGGACACGGAUAGCGAGGAGGAGCUGCCGCCGGGCUGGGAGGAGCGCACCACCAAGGACGGCUGGGUUUACUACGCCAAUCACCUGGAAGAAAAAACACAGUGGGAACAUCCUAAGUCUGGGAAGAGGAAACGUGUAGCAGGAGGUCUGCCGUAUGGAUGGGAGCAGGAGACUGAUGAAAGUGGACAGGUCUAUUUCGUAGACCACAUAAACAAAAGAACUACCUAUCUGGAUCCGAGAUUGGCCUUUACAGUUGAAGAUAAUCCAGUAAAGCCACCUACUAGACAAAAAUAUGAUGGUAACAGUACUGCGAUGGAAAUACUUCAGGGUCGUGACUUGAGUGGAAAAGUGGUUAUAAUCACAGGAGCAAAUUCGGGAAUAGGUUUUGAAACGGCAAAGUCUCUUGCGCUGCAUGGGGCUUACGUUAUCCUGGCCUGCAGAAAUGUGUCAAGAGGCAACGAUGCUGUACAGCGCAUUCUUGAGGAAUGGCAUAAAGCCAAGGUAGAAGCGAUGACCUUAGACCUUGCUUCUCUUCGCAGUGUGCAGAACUUUGCUGAAGCAUUCAAAUCCAAGAAUAUGCCUCUUCACAUUCUGGUCUGCAAUGCCGCCAUGUUUGGUGCUCCAUGGAGUUUGACGGAGGACGGCCUGGAGUCCACCUUCCAGGUGAACCAUUUGGGGCACUUCUAUCUCGUCCAGCUGCUGGAGGAUGUCCUGCGCCGCUCCUCCCCUGCCAGGGUGGUGGUCGUGUCCUCAGAGUCACACAGAUUUACAGAGAUUAAAGAUUCCUCUGGAAAACUUGAUUUCAGCCUGCUUUCUCCAUCUAAGAAGGAGUACUGGGCUAUGUUGGCCUACAAUCGUUCCAAACUUUGCAAUAUACUGUUUUCCAACGAGCUGAACCGACGCCUUUCUCCCCAUGGGGUGACGUCUAACUCAGUCCAUCCUGGAAAUAUGAUUUACUCCUCCAUUCAUCGUAACUGGUGGGUGUAUACCCUGCUGUUUACCUUGGCUCGACCUUUCACCAAAUCCAUGCAACAAGGAGCUGCCACGACUGUGUACUGCGCGACAGCCGCCGAGCUGGAGGGGCUGGGUGGGAUGUACUUCAACAACUGCUGCCGCUGCCUGCCCUCAGCCGAGGCUCGCAAUGAGCUGACGGCCGCGGCCCUUUGGGAGCUGAGCGAGAGGCUGAUCCGCGAGCAGCUUGGCAGGCGGUCCCCGUGACGGAACGCCCCGCACGCUCGGAACCUGCCAGCGCUGGAGCCUGUCCAAUCUUAUCAUCUAGAGGGUUUCCGUAUACCUCCGAUAGAGAUUAACCAGUGUUAAAUGAAAUAAUAGCAGUCACAACAUAGUGAAAAAUGUUAAGUACUAAUGGGAAAUGGGGAAUACGGCGGGUUAAAGGGACAAUGCGGCUUCCUGGGGCUUAGUUAGUCGUGCUUCUCUUCUUUUGAUUAUAGCCUGUUCAAAGUGUAACCCAAGGAGGCGUGCUUUGUGCUAUUGCAGAAACGCGGUGCCACAGAUAUUCUCUGUUGUUUUGAUUAAUGGGUUAGGUAGGUAGCCCAAUAUGGGAUUUCCUCUUUAUUUUGAUAAUUACUGCCUGUUAGGCUGUAGGUAUCAAUCGGGAUAUGGUAGUGAUGUUGAUUCCUUUUCCCUGCAAGGAUUUUUUAGGGUGUGGUGAGUAAAAAGGUUAUUAGGGAAAGAGAUCUCUCCUGCCCUUGACUGUUGGCUGCAAAUACUUCCAUGCUAUCUAAAAACAGAGGGUGCAAGAAGGCUUCUGAACAGAGAUGUCAAAAUCACAGCUAAUUAAAUAUUUCUUUUGUCUUAAAAGAUUAUAAUAAAAGAUACUUUAUAAACCAUUCCCUAAUAUAGAAUUAGCAAAGAUGAUGUUGUCUUCUAAAGAACGCACAGGGUGUAAUCAGGGGGUUAAGUGGUAUUUUCAUCCUUUUCUCACUUCACAGUUUUAAGGAGUUUGUUUUUUUCUUGGAAAAUUCACAGUUUCUCAGUUCUCCUGAUACUGUAUCCCAAUCCAAAUUUCUCUAUUUUUCUUUAAAUUUAAUAAAACAACAUGCUUGCUUGAA